AUGGUCCCCCUCCUCGAAAUCCACGCUCAAACCUCCCAUCUUCUACGCACCCACCCCUCCCCCCUAAUCGCAGUCUUCGUCGGCGGCACCUCUGGAAUCGGUACCCAUACUGUCCUCGCUCUCGCUUCUGCUCAUGCCAAAAAUAGUACCCAACCUCUUCUGCUCUUCAUCGUUGGAAGAAAUAAAGAUGCAGCAACGAGGAUUAUUGCCGAAUGCAAGGAGCUUUGUCCUCAUGGAGAUUUUCGCUUCGUGCAAGCGAGAGAUUUGAGUUUGUUGAAGGAUGUGGAUCGCGUUUGUGAGGAGAUAAGGAGGAUAUUAGAUGAGCGAGAAAAAGUAAAGGGAGAGAAAGCGUGGAUUGAUUUGUUGGUUAUGACGCAGGGGGUCCUUACCUUGUCUCGAAAUGCAACAAAAGAAGGCCUCGACGCCACCUACUCCCUCAUGUACUACUCCCGCAUGCGCUUCAUCACUCAACUCCUCCCCCUCCUCGUCUGCUCCCCUCUUCCCAGCCGCGUCAUCUCCAUUCUCAACCCCAAACUCCAUAGUAAGCUCAUCCCCGACGAUCUCUCCCUGCGCAAACAUAGCAUUCUCCGCUAUGCUUCUUCGCACUCUGAUGCAUGUUUAUCCCGGGGUGGUGAUGACGGAUAUGUUGGAGAAGGGGGGGUAUCUAGGUGGUUGAAGUGGACGUGGAAGUUCGGGAUUGGACCGGUGAUGAAGUUUUGGGAAACUGAAGGGGAGGUGUGUGGAGAGAGGAUUUUGUGGUUGGCGAGUGAGAGGUGGAGACCGAGGGGCUUGGGUAGCGAUGGAGAUAGAGAGGGGAAAGGGGAUGGGGAAGAUAGUUUGUGGGGUAUUGAGUUGGUAGAGGCGGUGGAUGGCACGCCGGGUGGGGGUAUGUAUAAUGUUGGAUCUGUGGGAGAGAGAUAUCCAACACCGAAGAUGUAUAAAAAGUACAAGGAAGAUGGCGUUGCUGAGGUGGUAUGGAAACAUACUAUGGAUGCUUUUAAAGUUAUUGAAGAGGGUGGUGUUUUUCAAGGUUGA